GCAGGAAACAUAAUCUUCUGUUUGUUAUUGCUAUUUAUACAAUCUAAAGAAAAGACUAGAAUUACAAAAACUGAAAAAGAGAGUGUCUAAAAUCACAUAAUGUGCAUAAAUCCUUAGAUUUUAUCUUUAAAAGAAGCAUCACAAACAAGUGAGCUGAUGAUGAUGGAUGGGGCAUACUGCAAUUUACUUAAAAUGAUGCUGACGGACACAACAAAAAUGACUUGUAAAAAUGCUUGUAAAACGCAUGUGUUCACAUGGUUCUUGGCAUUAUAACAGUAGCUGCUAACACACUCGACAACAGAGGGAAAUGGUGGAGCUUGCCCCUGUCAUUUUCUCAUCACAAAGUGAAAGCAUUUAUUUCCAAUUCACUUUUAUUUUGUAAACUCAAUCUACCAUUAAUGUGUAACAAAAAGUUGUAGCAUUUGUUCUUUCAACUGUAAAGUCAUAACAUUGUUCUGACACACAGAUUAGUGGGAAACUUUCCAGUUUCCCAGCUGUCCCUGGCUCAUUGUUCUGGGUCGUGGUUAUCCUGGAGUUUGGAGGUGGGGUCAGCGGAGCCCCAUUUCCUUUGACUAAGAGCUGUGCAGUUAUCUGUGUUGACUUUCCACAGCUUUCACCACAUUAUUUGAAGGAACCCAUUACUUCAUGGAUUAACAUUCUUUAGCGUUCCAUGGUUUUGGUGGAUGUAUACUGAAGAAUUCAGGGCGUGCAGGAGAAGAGAAGAUUUUUAGUGCAACAGAAAAUAGACAAAAUAUUUUAUGGAUAUGCUUUUUCGACAAACAUAGACCACAAGGAAAAGAUGAGUCUGUCACGGAACGGGACGCUGGAGAAGGCGAUGUCCGAGCAGACCCACUCUGAGCUGGGCUCCCCCUCCAGAGCGGGGUCAGGGCCCGUGGUGCCGCCUCCGUACUCUCCGGGCGGCAGCGAAGGAGCCGACACCCCCCUGGAGUUAAGGGGCUCUCUGGACUGCUGGGCCUGCUCCGUGCUGGUCACUGCACAGAAUCUGAUCAUAGCGCUGGUCAACGGCGGGCUGGCCAGCGUCAUUUUUGGCACCAUCCUCACCCCUGCCCUUGUCAUGAUCAUAUUCGGCUUCCUCUGCCACUCCACGGUGCAGCCCCAUGGAACAUCUCUGUAUUGCUCAGACAUUCUGGAUGACGGCGGCUGCGUGGCUCUGCUGGUGGUGGGCUUUCUGCUGCUCACCCCUCUGCUGGUCCUGGCACUCGCCGCCUACUGUCGCCUGGCCAGACACCUCCAGCUGGGCAUGUGUUUCAUUCCCUACAGCCGGGCCGUCUACAAGAACCUGCCCGCCACACGCCGGAGGGCUGACGCAGGAGGCUGCUGUGGCCAGCAGGGAGCUUCAGAGAGGGAGGGGAAGGGGAGCGUAUGGGUGUAAGAGAGGAGAGGAGAGGAGGAGGAGAGGAGGAGGAGGAGGAAGAGGAUUGUAUAUGGUUGUAAUAUGUAUCCCUGUUGGAUUGUUUGUAUCUUUUUAUUUUUUUAAGCCAAUUGCAACUGUAUUUCUAUUUCUACUGUAAAAAGCCAUCAUAUUUCAUCAUUUAUAGCCAUUGUUUGGAGGUCAAUAUUUUGUAACUUUUGUAUGUGAUUUCAAUGUAUUGAAUGUAUUUUAUACCUUUUUACAAUAAAGUGUCACUUGACCUGUC